AUGACCUCAAUGACAACAUUGCCGCAGCCCUCGCAGCUGUCGCGGCCAGUUUCAAACCCCCCAGCUGGAUCAUUACCGCCUAUCCCCAACCCUAAACCCAGAAAGUCUACAUCUUCCGACACACCACGGGCUGCAUCUCCCUAUCAAGCCUCCAAAUUACGGACCCCAUCCAGCCCUAAACCAUCGCUCAAGUCACCUCUAUCAACUUCAAACUCAACCUCCAACCUAAAUGCAGCCCGGUCAGCUUCCGGUGGGCGCACUCCGAGUAGUCCCGACAAAUCUUUGCGCCGAACAAUUAGUAUCGCCUCGUUUCCUCAACCACCAAAGACCAGCAGCCGCCCAUCCACUGCAUCAUCAAUCUCUGGGAUCCAAGGAAUUCAAGGUGCAACCUCUAGUGUGCGACCCCAAAGAAACUCGCGACUAAGCACAGGAACAACGAGCAGCUAUCGGAGCUCGAAAACCCCAUCGUUACUUAACGGUAGUGGCGAGGGGAAAUUUAUAUCAAGUGGAGAUGCGCGAGAUCCAGAAGCGUCUCCAACUCACAGCAGAAGUUCUUCCGCUCAAGGUUCUUGCUCAACGAGUGCGACGACUUUUGAGGAUGCAGAUGAUGCGAUAGGAAAAUCAAAUUCUAAGCCUAAAGAGAUCAAGGGCAAUGUGCUUGUCAGCGUGCGCGUUCGUCCUGACAACAAUAGCGGAGGGGAGACUCCAAGAAAUCAUGGCGAAUGGUCCAUCGAUAGUCGGCAAAGCCUCAUCUCAUACCGUGGGAAAGAAGGAGGCGAUUACUUUUAUGGUGAUAAAGAUGCUCCUCUCACUUGCCCAACUGUCGCAACUAACCGUCGAGCAGAUAAUGUCUUUAAUCCACAAGAAAACAAUGCCAAGGUUUAUGAUUCGGCUGCCAAACGCCUCGUCCGGCGUGUCAUGGAGGGCUAUCAUGGAACGGUCUUUGCUUAUGGUAUGACGGGAACCGGGAAAACCUUUUCUAUGCAGGGAACAGCAACUUCCCCCGGUGUAAUCCCGCUCGCGAUCACCGACAUUUUUUCAUUCAUCAGAGAGACCCCACAUCGGGAGUUCUUGCUGCGGGUCAGCUAUCUGGAAAUAUACAACGAGAAGAUUAACGAUCUUCUUUCCGCUUCCGCUGCCAACGGUCCCGCAGGAGCCCCGCAGGAGGAAAUCAAAUUGAGAGAGGACAGCAAACGUGGAGUAUAUGCAACGCCUCUCAAGGAAGAGAUCGUCCAGAGCCCCACACAACUCCUCCGUGUUAUCGCCCGAGGUGACCAUGCACGACGAACGAGCAGCACCCAGUUCAAUGCGCGCAGUUCUCGAAGUCAUGCGGUGGUUCAGAUCGUGGUCGAGAGUCGAGAGCGAGUGCCCACUAGCAGUGCUCAAGAUAAGCGCGCCGGGAUUGCCCCGGGUGGUGUGCGAGUUUCAACUUUGAGUCUGAUUGAUCUAGCUGGCUCUGAACGUGCAGCUGAUGAUAAGGAACGCCGUACCGAAGGUGCUCAUAUCAACAAAAGUCUGCUCACUCUAGGUACCAUUAUUUCUCGGCUAUCGGAAAACAAGGAUAAGCAAGGCAACCCUACGGACCGCGAUGGGAGGCAUUUGCCUUAUCGAGAUAGCAAGUUGACCAGACUCCUGCAGCCAGCCUUGUCCGGCGGCUCGCUUGUGAGUAUUCUGUGCACUAUUCAAUUCACGAGCGCAGUCAAUUCGCAUACCGGUGAAACUCUGAAUACCAUGAAAUUCGCUGCGAGGGCGAAGAAUAAUAUUGUCAGUCACGCCAAAAAGGCUGAGGAGGCAUACGGCGGUGGUGGUAGUGAUUCCGGAAGUCGGGUACUUCUUGAGCGGUAUCGUAUGGAGAUCCAGGCUCUUCGCAGCCAGCUUGACACCCAGGCCAAAUCCCAGGCGGAGAAGGAACUCAAAUGGGACGAACAGCAGUAUGAAAAGGAAGCACAGGCCCGACACGAGGAGCAGGUGCUGGAAAUGCAGUUGGCUCGUACUGCGCUCAAAGAGCGGAUCGAGCAUCUCAAUCGCCUGAUUUUGAGCUCUAAGUCUACUGGUGUAAACAACCAUAACAGCCUCUCUGCGUUUGGACGUCUUUCCCGCAUGUCUGCGACGGAUUCUGGUGUCCGGUCAUUACGUUCUUCCGCCAGCCAAUCCACGCUGGGUGCCGGCCAUUCAUCGAUUCGGCCCAUCUCAUUCAUGUCUGUCAAUAGCAACGAUCCCUCGUCAGGCAUGCUCUAUCCCGGAGGAUCGUUCGGCAAUGAGGACGAAUAUGACCUUGGUGAAUUUGGCGAUGGCAAAGCCAGCUUGCAACGACAGGUCACUGCGCUACAAGCCGAUAUUGGCGAUAAGAACCGGUACAUCUCUACUCUGGAGCGCCGGCUGCUCCAGGCAAGACGAUCCAGUCAUUCUCGAAUGUCAGUAGGCAUUAAGACUGCAAGUACCACAAUUGCCGAGCAUCCAGAUGUCUCGGCUUUGGUUCGUGAGAAAGAUAUGGAGAUUAAUGAGCUUCGGCUGCAGCUGGAUGAUAAGGAUCGCAUGCUUGCCGCGCUUCGAUCCGCAGCUCGGCAUCGAGACUUGGCUGCUGUGACCAAUGACUCGCAAUCACCAGAGCUGAAGAGCAAGAGCGGGUCUACAGCUGGAGAUGCAGACAGUUUUGCAGGGACCAAUGGCUUUAUUGCACAAUCCGAGAGUCCAAUCAAGCGUCUCUUGUCUGAUAGGAGUGAAAAGGAGGAGGCAGGAAAGAAUAUGGACGAGGUCUCACGCAUGCUGGAGGAAAUGAUCCAGAGUCGGGCAGAAAAUGUGCACAACACUAAGCACAGGAGCAUUGCUAGUGAAAGCCGACGAGUAUCCUCUUCAGCGGAAGUGCCAGGUCUAAAUCCAACUGCUCCCUCAUGGGAUCCAAGCCUCAGCCCAUCAUUCCGAGGAUGA